AUGUUCUAUGCACAGUUCGUUCUCGCCAAAAAGGGACCGUUGGCAAAAGUGUGGCUGGCAGCUCACUGGGAAAAAAAGCUGACAAAGGCGCAAAUCUUCGAAACAGAUGUUCCCCAAGCGAUCGAGGAAGUCAUUCGCCCCAAGGUUAAAAUGGCGCUCCGAACAGUUGGACAUCUUCUCCUUGGAAUCGUGAGAAUCUACUCGAAGAAGACACGAUAUCUUCUGGCUGAUACAAAUGAAGCGUAUCAAAAGAUGAAGAUUAACUUCCGCAACGGAUUCAGUUUUGAAGUCGACAUUCCAGAGAAUGCAGAAAUUGAAGAGGAUUUCUCAAACUUCAUUGAUAAGUACAAUAUCACAGUGCCCGAGUUCCACGAUGCCGACUACAAUGAGCAGCUCAUUAUGGCUAAUGUGAGCCGUCGUGAAGACAUCACCAUGAAAGAAACCGUCAAUUUCAAUGUCGAGUUCAACAUUGACGCAGAUUUCGAUGGGUUCGGUGACGAAGGAGAAUCUUGGCAACUCGAUCAUCUCUACGGAUCGGUGGAACCUUUGUCUUUGCGCCCCACUCCUCAGCCAGAAUCGUUGAUGGAAGUCGAACGAGAUCGUGAUGUGGCUGCAAAUGGAACGGAAAUUUCCCGUAUAGAUGCGGAUAGUGUGAUUUUCUCCGAAGGACCAACACGUCCAAAUCUUAUUUUUGACAAUCAGGAAGGCGGAAAUUUCAUGCCUGAAAUGAACCUGAAGGUUGAGAAUCAAACACUGGAAAACGAUGGUGGUGUUGGGCCUGCUGAUAUGUUCAGCUCAAUGAUUCAUCCCGUCAGAGAGCAUGCUGUCGCAGAUGUUCAAAACGACGAUGGUAUGGACUUUGACUAUCAACCGUUCGAGCCUGAAAACGUUGAGCCAUCGAGACCACAAAGUCCCGAGUCAUUUGCCCUGGAGCCUCUAGAUGUGGAGCACAUGGAAGGACGGAAAAAACGUCAGAGAAAAGCGAGAAAGCUGAUUGUCGAUGCUGAAACUAUGAUUUCAAACGACGCUUUCCGAGAGCAACAAGAAGACUUCUCCGAUACGAUGCGAGUAGUUGAAAUGGCGCCUCCUACCAGAAAGAUGUUCAAUUUAUGCGUCAGCGGAGAUCUUCAACACCUCAGCCGUGAACCUGGAUGCAAAAUGUUCAACAGAGAACUCCUUCAAAGAUACAGGAGAUGUUUGGUCACCCGAGAGUUCGAUCUCAAUUACACCAUGCAAGAGUUGAGCGAUAGUUCGAGUUUCACUCCGUCAAUGGAAGCUCAAGCUGAGCCAUGGGAGGACUUGAACCUCAAUGAGGACAUUCAAGAAGAUAUUCAAGCGCAGGGACCAGCCGUUGAUGAAUUCUUUAAUGAUGUGCGCAUGGAUGAUGAUGAUGACAGACAACCAGCUCAGGAAAUGGACUUUGGUGACAACUUCGAUUUUCCACAAGAAGUAGAACAUCAAGAGUGUGCUCCGAUCCCUAUCCAGAGUGGAUUCGCUGGAGAGAACAAAGAGAACGAGGACGCAGAGGAUUGGUCUGAUCCGUUCGGUUCUUCAAAUUCCAGCAGACGUGGCCAGCUUGAAGCCUAUGGAUUCGGAAAUACUUCGACCUACAAGGAAGACGAUGGCAAAUGGGCGAAACGCGCCAAGCACAUUCUAAAGAAAGUCUCCGCGGAUAUUGAGACUUCGGGACAAGCGGACUUCUCAUCUGUCACAGCAACUGCCAAGAAUCGCAAGCAAGCUGCAGAGCAAUUUUAUUCGUUGCUUACCCUGGCCAAGUCUCAAGCAAUAAGUGUUGAUCAAUCAGAGCCAUACGGAGAGAUCGUAAUUCGUCCAGGAGCCAAUUUCAAAGAAGCAUGUCCACUGAGCUCUCCGAAACCGAUGGGACUUGGAAAUACAAUGGAAAAUUCCACUAUGAGAACCCCAAUGAGACCAGUUUAAUCGUUUUAGCUUAUUAUUAUUACUCGCCAUGCAUAGUUUAACCUCUUCAUUGUAUAUGGUAUCUCGAUUUUCUUAAAAGCAAGUAUUAUUUUUAUUCCACGAUUAUUCAUAUACGGAUAUUAUUUUUGCGGUAUUAUUUGUUCGAAAAGUACGAAUGUACUAUCUUUUUCUGUAAAUAAAAAGCAUCACGGUUUUAA